UCUCUGCGCUCGCAGUCGGCAAGAUGGUGUCACGCAGGAAGAAACAGAAGGCUGGCGGCCACGAGGGGAGCGUACCGAGCCCACCGGGGUAUUCAGCUGUUCCAGUCAAGUUCUCAAAAAAGCAGCAGACUUCUCAUUACCUCUACAUGAGACAGCACAGAGUUCGCCAAGGCACCCAGUCCACGUGGCCUGCCAAUCGGACCCUUUUUAUCCUCAAUGUGCCCCCAUACUGCACACAGGAGAGCCUGUCUCGAUGCCUGUCCUCAUGUGGCACCAUCAAGACAGUAGAACUGCAGGAGAAGCCUGACCUUGCCGAGAGCCCCAAGGAGCCGAAGUCACAGUUUUUUCAUCCCAAGCCGGUGCCGGGCUUUCAGGUAGCUUAUGUGGUGUUCCAGAAGCCAGGUGGAGUGUCAGCUGCUUUGAACCUGAAGGGCCCAUUGCUGGUUUCUACAGAGAGUCACCCUGUGAAGAACGGGAUUCACAAGUGGAUCAGUGACUAUGAAGAUUCCGUGCUGGACCCUGAGGCCCUGAGGCUCGAAGUAGACACGUUCAUGGAGGCCUAUGACAAGAAGAUAGCUGAGGAGGAGACUAAGGCCAAGGAGGAGGAGGGAGUCCCUGAUGAGGAGGGCUGGGUGAAGGUCACCCGCCGGGGCCGCAGGCCUGUGCUCCCUCGGACAGAAGCAGCCAGCCUGCGAGUUCUCGAGAAGGAGAAACGGAAGCGCGCCCGAAAGGAGCUGCUCAACUUCUACGCCUGGCAGCACCGCGAGACCAAGAUGGAGCAUUUAGCACAGCUGCGAAAGAAGUUCGAGGAAGACAAGCAGAGGAUUGAACUGAUGCGUGCCCAGCGCAAAUUCCGGCCCUACUGAGCUGUUCUGGCCAUGGCCACUGGAGAGCAGGCCUGGUUCCCCAGGGACCAUGUUCUGGGAAGAAGAUACCAGACCAGGGAGUAGCUGUUUCCCACAGUCCUAUCUCUGCACCCACACAGGCUAGAAGUGAAGGGCAGGGCUGCUUGGAUUUGGCCUUCACACAGCUGCCUCUGCCCUCUCCUGCCUGUAAAACACUCCCGGGACCAUGCUUGCCCUCCAUGAAGCCCCUGCUGGCAUCAGCCACUUGGAACACAGUAAAGGUGGGAGAUGAUUUUAUUUCCACACAGCUGGUAAGGGGCUCCAGAAGCCUCUGAGCCCAGAGGACCAGCCCUCAGCCCUGCUUCCAUAACACCAGCUCACCAAGCUUACCCAACACCCCAGUCCCCUUCUCAAAAUCACAGAUAAGACCAGCAUCUUUCCCCUACCCCCUAGCUCUGCUGUAGAAUUCUCUGCUGCCUCUCCUGGUCUUCAAGCCCCAUGCCCACCCCCACCAAUUUUGUGGGAUGAGGGCGCUUAUGAUGUGGAGGCAGCUGGGAAGUGUGAACAAGAUUCCAGAGCUACAGCCUGGAAGGGGUUGUCCUCGGUGGGCCCUGUAGGAAGGAGCGGAUGAUGUCAGCCACGAUCUGGGGCUUGUUCAUGUGGAUGUAGUGAUUGCCUGGGAUUUCCACAAACUGGAACCGCUGGAGAAAGGGGACAGGUGGUGAGACACUGCCCCACUGCCCCCAGGAGUGUCAGAGGCAACCUCUGACUGGCCCUUGUCUGGUCAUAGUACCCUGGGGACUCAGGCUGUCAAGGGGACGUAGGCAUCUGAGCUAUGAAGCUACUGUAUAUAUUAAACCAGGGCAGCGAUAGUCGGGGUCACUGCCCUCAAAGAAAGGCUACUGCAGGAGCUUGCCCAAUAGGAGAGCCCUCUCCCACCCCCACUUUGUGAUAGCAUCAAACUGUGUAGAGAUCUGGGCCUAGAUUCUAGGUUCUAAGUGGUAAAGACCACGAAGGGCCAAGGACCCACAUAGGCCUCCCCUACUCUGUAGCCAUAACACUUGUCAGUGCAUGGUCCCGGGAGCAGUAGAGGAGGUGCACCUCAGAAUUAAGCCGGGCCCGGGGUUAGGUGGAGACAAUAAACAGAAUCCUGCCACCAAAA